AUGGUAGACAAUAGAUACACACUCCGCCGUUCCCUCGGAUUCCACACAAUUCGCAACCGUGUUGCCCCAGUUCGCACACCAGGCAACAAGCUUGUCGCUCACUACAUUGCUAAGCGCCAGAAUGGCCCACAUUGCGCUGAGACAGGCAAGCGCAUCAAUGGUAUCAAGUGCGUCAAGACAUGCGAACUUCGCCGCAUGAAGAAGAAUCAGAGAACUGUAUCCCGCCCAUAUGGUGGUGUUUACUGCGGUGCUGUUGUUAAGGAUCGUAUUAUCAAUGCUUUCAUGGAGGAAGAAGCCCAUGCUGCUCAGGAGCGUAAGUUGGCUAAUGAGCAAAAGAAGAAGGGCAAGUAA